GGAUGCGGUUGUGGGAUCGAGCACAAGACGGUCGUCGCCGGGAUUAACGAUUGUUUGAGCGAAUCAGUGGCUCAAGGAUCGCGAAAUGUCGGCAAAACGACGCCGAUCAAAGUCCACAUCGAAUGCUGUAAAAAUGAAAGCUGCAAAAAAGAGAAA